AUGAAAAAAAAGAAAUUGCAAUCACGUAAUCAUAAUCCAACGAGUAAUAAUGGAAUAAAUAGUAAUCUUUCAGAAACUGGUAAUGAUAUGAUUGGUAAGGAGGGUGUUGAAUGUAUGCUAGAAGAUGGUGAUGACGAAGAUGAAGAUGGACAAAUGGAAGAUGACGAAGAUGAAGAAGAAGAAGAAGAAGAGGAAGAGGGAGAGGAUGAUGAAGGUGAAGAGGAGGAGGAGGAGGAAGAAGACGAUGAUGAGCAGGACGAAAAGAAAGCGGUUGAAGGCAAUCAUCGUCAUCAUCUGCAACAACAUCAACAACAACAACAACAAUACAAUCGAAUUAUCAAUAAUUGUGAUAGUCAUCGUUAUCUCUAUGGCAACAAUAACAAUAAUAAUGAAUUGAACUUAAAAGGACAAUUAAAACAAAUUGCACUUAUGAAAAAAUUAGAUAAAAUUUCCGAUACAACUAUUGAAGAAUAUGAUGAAGAUUGUGUAAGGAAUGAAAAAUUUAAAAUUAAUCAUGAAUUUCUUAAUUUAAGUCCAGAUCUCUAUUCAACGACACCAUUGUGUUUUACUGAAUCAAUAAAUGAUUAUGAAAACAAUCAUCCAUUCAUUACAGAUGCAAGUAAUAAUAAUAAUAGUAAUAGUAAUAAUAACGACAACAUUUACAGUCGUAUGAAAUUUAAUCGAUUAUCGCAUGAGUUAUUUCCUUCAUUUCAUUACAAUUCAUCACUCGACAGUAAUUUAAUGAAUGCUGAAUUUAAUUUUAAUCCAGUUAACAUAAAUAUGGAUCAUGAUUCAUUAUUUGAUCCUUUGAAAGAAUCAUUAAGAAGUCAGUUAGUUAAUCCAAGUAAAAAUAAACAUUUAAGCUCUCCUAUGGGAUGGCCAUUGGUUAAUAGUAGUAGUAACAAUAAUAAUAAUAACAAUGUUAAAGAAUACGAUAUAAACUUACCAUCAUCGUCAUCAUCAUCAGUAACAACAUCAUUCCCAACAAUCAAGACAACCACAGAAUCAAUAAAUUAUUUUUCGAGAUUAUCUUCACCGCCAAAAUUAGAUUUACAAACAGAUUAUUGUCCAAUAGGUUCAAUGUUUAAUAGUCCUUUUCAUUCAGUUGUUGGUUUAACAUCAAAUUAUUCAACUCAUACCCGUCGAUCACAACAAAUAUUUGAUGUUCCACACAAUCAAUUGCAUCAACAACAAGGCUCAAAUAUCAAUCAAUCUGAAAUAUGUGAUUUUAUGCAUAGUCCUAGUGAGAAUGACAAUGCUCUACAAUUGACUGAACAUAAUUUAUCUCUUGGCAAUCAGUCGAGUUUAACCAGGAUCCCGAAUUCAGCGUUACAUACGAAUUCGAAUUGUUUGUCUAAAACAUGUCCAACUGACAGUUAUUUUCAAAAAUCAUUGAACUAUAAUGAGAAAUCUAAUAUAUUACCACAAUUUAAUCCAUCCAUUUUGUAUGAUAAUACUAAUGAAUCUACUGUAGAUUUAACUACAAAUACUACUAUAAACACAAAUAUCCAUAAUCCUACAUCAUUUGAUAUACCUUCCAGAAACACAAUGAAUAUUAUGAAUUACAAUCUAAAUGUAUCUACUGUAAAUGACUCUCACUAUUAUAUGAAUCCAAUAGAGUCUAAUCAGAGUUAUACACUCAAUCUUGACUGUUCACCACUUUCUCAUUAUUCAUUUUUACCGAACUUGACUGUGACAUCGUCGUCAUUAGGGACAAAACCAACUACUUGUUGGCCUACUCAUAAAUAUUUAUCACCUCCUCCAGGAUCAUAUCCUUUACAGUCAAUUAAUCCUGAUACUACAGUCACUGUUACGGCAUCAGAUGAUAUCGAUCAACCUAACGAAUCAUUUUCAAAUAGCAUGAAUCAUGAAGUAUCAUUUCGAAAAAAUGUAUUUCAUUCAUUACAAAACUCUACAGAUCUUACAAAUAAUCACACCGAAUUAGAUCCAUCUAACUUACUUUAUUUAUCAACAUCAAUGAAUGUAUGUAGUACUACAUUGUUGAAAGAUUCACAUAAUUCAAAUCGUUUAAAUUUCUCUGAUCAUAAUGAUUCCGGCACUUUUCCAAUUUAUUCUUCCCAAUUGAAUAGUUCAUGUCACAUGAAUACCAAUGACGCAAUAAAUUCAUAUUUAUCUGAAACAGAUGUUGCUCUAAUUACUGAUCAUAGUAAUAAUCAAGAAGAUCAUUCAAUGAAACAGAAUUCUUCAUUAAAACACUACCCUCUACCAUCUAAUACAAAUUUAUCUCCAUUGCAUCAUUUAAACAAUGUAUUUAAUCAAGUUAAUCAUGGUGAAUUGAGCUCAAUGUUUUAUUCACCAUAUUUGCAUAAUUCAAAUUCAUUCGGUUAUUCGUCUACUGGAAAUGAUAUGUUAACUAUUACUGACUCGUAUAAUUCAAAUGUUUUCAACAAUUUAACUCAAUCAAUGCAUCAGUCUUUCAAUCAAUCUACUCAUAUGACUCCUAUUAGUAGUAGUAGUAGUAGUAGUUAUGGCAAUACAUUUACAAUGAAUACUACUAUUCAUUUAAACAAUUUACGUGAUACAACUAGUAAUAUAAACAAUGUCACUAUACCAUUCCCUAUGAUUCCAGCUAAUACAUCUUCAGUAGACUUAUCUUCCACAUGA